AUGUCGUCGUCGGACACAUCAUCAGUAAGGUUCACAAAGCCAAGCGACACAGUUACCUUUUAGGGAUCGUCCUCGGACGCAAACACCAGCGCCACACUACCCAAGGGAUUAUCUCCCCGUCAUACCAGUAAGCUUUUCUUUUGCCCAUACGUCUAUACAUUUUAGAUGUGGUGCCCAUAGCUAGCACACCGAAUCGAAAGCGACAUCGACGUGAGAUUUCACUGUCCGAUCGUAGACACAGAAAAAGAAGAAAGAGGUCAAACUGGAUGAUGUCUGCCAUCAAACAGAUCCUUCUGUAUCUAAAUGAGAUUAAAGCUGAACUGGCUGCUCUUCGUGAGGAGAUUCGUCGCCUGACGGCAUCUACAUCGCAGCCCUCAGCUGUUGAAGGGCCAAUUGUGCCAAGAGUUAGCACAAUGAGCGGCUAUGACGAGCUGACGACAGCAGUGUCGGACGCCACGUACAGGCUGCGAUUGGUAAACACUGUCUGUUUAUAUAAAUACCGGAUUCAGGUUUCCUACUUGUCCUCCAUAGGAGGCGAUACAAUAUCAGCUUUUGCUGAAAGGCUUUUCUUUGCCCUCUUCACGGAAGACGUGGCGGGUUUUCUGACAUUCUGCGGCAGAAAACCAGGUAGUAGGGGUUUAUUCGAAACUCCUGUCUAUUCCGUUAUCCUGGGUAGGAUUCCCGAUUUGUCCAACUGAAUAAUUGCAUUUCAGAGGUGUUCAACAGAUGGAAUAAAGAGCACGAAUCAGACCGGUAAAAACUAGAAAGUGCAUUGAAAAAUGCUUUCAAAGUGGCACAUGACAGGCACCAAAGGAAGCUGCAUAGGGCUUCCACCAGCCAACAAACACAAGUUAACUAAUUAUAUGUUCAUGUUACUAUUAAAUUUCGAUGUCCAGAUUGUGUUCCCUUGUUCCUUGCGGAAUAAUUUCUCUUGUAGACCUCCCUACAACAACCGACGAUUCAACAGCUCAAAAUGAAGACCAAGAGCCCUAAGGCUUUAGUUAAUUCAAACCAUCACCAGAUGUGCUGUAUUUUUUUUACGAAUAUAGUAUUUUUCAUAUUGAAAUGUCUUACCUUGAUUACUUUAAUGGGCCAUAUUGGGAGAAAUUAAAGGCGGUGGGGCAGUACAAGGGAAGGAGACCCUUGGUUGAGUAAGCGCCGGAGCUCGCUUUUUUGAGCUCGGGUCAUGCUCGAAACGAGCUCGCAAGUCCGGUUUUCGGAGCUCGGUUUAGCGAGCUCGAAUCAAUAGAAUAGAAUAGGUUUAUUGUAGCGCCCCUUGGGCACUGUCAGUCCCCGUGUAAGUGAUAAAUCCGUUAGUUGGGCACAGUAAAUAGGCUAUCCGGGAAAUGAAGAUAGAAGUAUCCCAACAGUUACAAACUAGAAAAUAAAAACAGUCGUCAGCAGGUAAAAAUGCACGUGCUAGUUUGUGUUCUUAUUCAAGGUUGUGCCAAAUUAUUUAACAAGCGUAUUGUCACUGAUUAAAACAAAACGGACUUAAAUGUCACUACAACCGCAUCAGAACUCCAAUAGAGCUCGCGUAGCUCGUGAAAAGCGUUCUGUGUGGGCUUGUUCAGAGCGCGUUUUCCAUUCGUACUAAAACAAACCGCGACCACGCAUAGCAUAGCAUUCUUGUCCGUCAUCUGUGUCUGGCAGUUCCUUCCUAUUAACACACUCGUGUAUUUGCGGCCAGAGAAGUGCAUAUGUCUCUUCGAAACUAGGAGUGUGAACACCCAGAUGUCUCCAGGGCGGUAUGUAGCUCUAUAAAUUUUACAAAUCCAGAUACCUAGACAGUAGACGUGGCGUGAGAACCGUCGUGCCUAAGAAUGCCCACGGUGCGCUCCACAGCAAGGUGAGGCAGGUACGGUGACUUGCGCGUGAAGUAGUUUCUAGUGGGGGUAGACUUGCGCAGCAUCUACCGCACUCUCUCCUCCUCCCCACCUGGGCCCCACACGGCCCGAAUCACGCGCAAUGGAUAUACUAUUAGUAGAAACAAUAAGUGGUUGGCUCGGAUCCCAUCGAAGUGUCAUAGAGAAGUCAAUACAGCCUGACUUACCGCUUUGUGGGGACCGAGUGAUCCUGUCAGUUGGUAGCCCUCUAAGUCACGACUUUAUCUCGUCGUGAUGGUUUUAAAGCUUGUCAUAUUAAUUAUGAUGAGGGAUGCGCUGAAAUGUCCUGGGGGCGGACUUCACACACCCGAUCUCUCUCUCUCUCUCCCUUCCCUAGUGCGUCGGUUCACUGUCGAAGCCGUCGGCGUAUAGAGCCACGUGCAGUCUCGCGCCAGUCUUGCGCCGUCGGUGGAUGAUUGGCCAAAAUGCCCUAUAACUGUCGCUUGUUCUGUUGCUGCUACUAUCUCUGACGAUGGACUCCUGCACGUGUCCGAAGUCGGUGCUGGGAUGUGUGCGGCGUGAGCCUGCGUCCAAAUGCUCCCCCCACACCCUCAGUGUAUGACAUUUGUUAUGCGGUGUGUGGACCCUGCUCAGCUGGGUUAGCGCGUGUCGCGCCCUAACCUGGCCUGCGUUUCGACCCAACGCAUCUCCAGCGCGGCUCGUUGUAAGGACCAUCCUCGGUUCCCCCCUCCCGCAAAUAACCACAAUCUCGCAUGCGAUUCUUAAGAACUGGAUCUUAAUAUUGGGGGCUGGGAUUGUUCUCAGAUGAAGUCGCGCAUCUCACCGCGUUAGAAUUAGUCAUAGUCUUCUCUUCCUUGUAUUUAUUACCGGGUCUUUCCGCCCUGCUCUCAGACACCUCGACCGAUAUGCUGUAAUUCUGCGCUAGUACUGCGGCCGGACCUGUAUACAUUCAUUGAACCAUUGAGGGCUGCGCUAUACAUCCCUUUUCCGCCUAAGUUGCGUUUACAGCUAGUCUGGAGAAGCGUCUUUGGGCCGCAUCCGCCCACAUCCUGAAGGAGGACAUAGUGCCCACAUUCAAACUUCUAGUUCGGGAAUCCUAUAACCAGUGCCCGCAUCUGAUCUUAUGUUCUCCCGGUGAGAGGUCUCCUCCUGAUCUGUUCCUACAUACUCUAACAGUCAUAUCGGGACGGGACAAACGCAAAAACCGACCACCAACGAUUGCAAGUUAG